AUGAGCUACUCGUUCUUAAUUGAGCAUCGGCGCACCGAGGAUUUCGGACAUGCCGACGGCCUGAGCCGCCUGCCACUCCAUUCGACCGAGCUGGAUGGAUUAAGCGGGCUGGGGAUGGACAGGAUGGUGAAUGCUGUACACGGAGACAACGUAUCACGUUUACCUGUCAAAGCAGAAGGAAUCGCCAAAGCAACCGCCGAUGACCAGGAUCUGUCCACGGUCCACGGUUACAUCCUGCAUGGAUGGCCGGCCAUGGUUGAUGAGCGGUUUCGUCCCUACAAACGGCUGGAGAAUGAAUUGGUGCUGAUCAACAAUUGCAUCUGUUGGGGAUCGCGUACGGUAAUUCCGGUCCAGCAGCGUCGGCAGAUACUGGACUACCUGCAUGAAGCGCACAUGGGAGCCGGUAAGAUGAAAGGCGAGGCACGCGCCUAUUGCUGGUGGCCGCAGAUGGAUAAAGACAUCGAGCAGAUGUCUCGCGAGUGCGGGAUCUGCUCCGAACGCGCUAAGGAAACGGCCAAGGCACCGCUCUCGCAGUGGGAAGUGCCCGAAAACCCAUGGAUGAGGCUGCACAUUGACUUUGCCGGUCCAUACCACGGCACGAUGCUGCUGCUGGUGGUCGAUGCCAUGCCAAAAUGGCCGGAAGUGGCGCAAUUGAAACACGCUACAUCCGAUGGCGUAUUGGAAACUUUGCGCAACCUGUUCAGUUGGUACGGCGCUUGUACCGAAAUCGUUACGGACAACGGCACCCAGUUUACGUCACCGGAGUUCGCAAACUUCUGUGCGGAACACGGGAUAAAGCAUCUCAGGACACCACCGAAACACCCACAAUCGAAUGGACAGGCGGAGCGGUAUGUCCAGACCAUCAAGGACGGAGUUGCAAAACUCAUGGCUGACCGGAAGAACCUGUCCGAAGCACUGCGGCAGUUCCUCUGGAGAUACCGAGGCGCGCCGCAUGCUACAACUGGAAAGUCGCCAGCGGAGUUGUUACUGGGUAGAAAAUUCCGUACUCAGCUCGACCUGUUGUCUCCUGUCAUGUUCACACAUACGGAUAGAAACCGUCAACGGUGCCAGCACAAUUUUGAAAAGCGCACCAAGCGGAAGAGUUUCGUGCCUGGCGACUUGGUAAUGGUUCGCGAUUACCGCCUCAACCGAACCGUCGACUGGACCAGCGGCCGGCUGGUCAGACGUGAAGGCACCCGGUUAUGGGAACGUGUCUGUCGAAGGCGCCAUCUGGCGCAGACACUUGAACCAGAUCCGACCGAGAUACUGGCUGCAGCCGGAUGA